AGCAGAGCACACAGGGCCUGUGCUGUCAGUUAGAACACAUUUUAGAAGAUAAGUGGUUCAAAUUUAAGAUGGAGGAGGUGCAGACUGAGAUCAUCCUGUCGGUCUACAUCCUCUCCUUCCUGAUGGGACUUCCAGCAAACCUGUUAGCCCUGUAUGCUUUCAGCACUAAAAUCCACAGCCGUCCUCUACCCAUAGACAUCCUGCUGUUGAACCUGACUGUUUCCGACCUGCUCUUCCUCUGUGUGCUCCCGCUGAAGAUGUAUGAGGCAGCUUCUGGGAUGACCUGGAGUCUGCCGGAUUUCCUCUGCUCCAUCACCUCCUUCAUCUUCUUUUGCACCAUCUACACCAGCUCACUCCUUCUCACGGCUGUCACUGUGGUGCGGUAUGUGGCCGUGGCUUUCCCAGUGACCUACCAGAGGCUGCAACGGCCGCUCUACGCCAUCCUGUGCAGUGUACUCAUCUGGGUUGUUUCAGCGGCUCAUUGUAGCAUCACCUUUAUUGCCCAGCACCACCCGUCUCUGUCCAGACACAACUCCACCAGGUGCUACGAGGGCUUCUCCGACAAGCAGCUGCAGAUCCUGGUGCCACUGCGCUUGGAGUUCUUUUUUGUCCUGUGCUUGAUCCCUCUGCUCAUCUGUGUGUUCUGUUACCUGCGCUGCAUCUACCUGCUGUACAGCCGGCCCCGGUUCUCCCCCCAGCUGAAGCAGAGGGUGAUGGGCAUGGCUCUGGGGACUCUGGCUGUGUUUUUGGUGUGUAUGCUGCCCUAUAACCUCACUCACCUGCUGGGAUAUGUCAAGGGCCAGAGCCUGGUAUGGAGGUACUACACACUGCUUCUGUCCACCUUCAACACCUGCCUGGAUCCAAUCAUCUUCUACUUCUCGUCCUCAGCCUUCCGGAGCAGGAUCAAGGAGACUGUGUUGUUCAGGAAAUAUGAGGUGCACAUUUCUGUCAUACAAAGGCCACAUAUUGCCUCAGUUUCUUAA